UUGAAUAACAAGAUUAUUCGCCCUUCUAAGUCCCCUUGGAGCUGUUCAGCUUUCUAUGUCAACAAUGCAGCAGAAAAAGAAAGAGGAGCCCCAAGGUUAGUUAUAAACUACAAACCUUUAAACAAGGCUUUAAAAUGGAUCAGAUAUCCGAUUCCUAAUAAGAGGGAUCUUUUGAAAAGAACUUUUAAAGCUAAUGUUUACAGCAAGUUUGAUAUGAAAUCAGGUUUUUGGCAAAUCCAAAUUUCUGAAAAAGAUAAAUAUAAAACUACUUUCAAUGUCCCCUUUGGACAAUAUGAAUGGAACGUUAUGCCUUUUGGGCUCAAGAAUGCCCCAUCAGAAUUUCAAAAUAUAAUGAAUUCCAUUUUUAAUCAUAUUAGCCAGUUUUCAAUAGUUUAUAUUGAUUAUGUCUUAAUAUUUUCUGAGGACAUUGAUUCUCAUUUUAAACAUUUAAAUACAUUCUUUAAUAUUGUUAAGCACAAUGGCCUUGUCGUUAGUGCUAAAAAGAUUUUGUUGUUUCAAACAAAAAUAAGAUUUUUAGGUCAUGAUUUAUUUCAAGGAACCUAUAUACCCAUUUGCAGAGCUAUUGAUUUUGCUGAUAAAUUCCCUGAUAUUAUAAUUGAUAAAACUCAGUUGCAGCGUUUUUUAGGAAGUCUUAACUAUGUGGCUGACUUCAUUCCUAAAAUCAGGCAAAUCUGCAAACCAUUAUAUGACAGGUUGAAGACUUCUCCUCCUCCUUGGACUAAGCUUCAAACUGAUGCUGUUAUUCAUAUUAAAAGACUUGAUAAAAGUCUUCCUUGCUUAGGGAUCCCUAACCCUAAUUGUUUUAUGAUAGUUGAAACUGAUGCUUCUGAUUCAGGAUAUGGUGGCAUUCUUAAACAAAGAAAAGCCCCAAAAGAACCUGAACAACUUGUUAGGUUUACUUCUGGUAUAUGGAACUCUGCUCAAAGCAAUUAUAGCACUGUUAAGAAAGAGAUUCUUGCUAUUGUUUUGUGUGUCACUAAGUUCCAAGAUGAUCUUGUUAAUAAGGAAUUUUUGCUUAGAGUAGAUUGUAAAUCUGCUAAAGAGAUCCUUGAAAAGGAUGUUAGGAACCUUGUCUCUAAACAAAUAUUUGCUAGAUGGCAAGCUUUAUUAUUCAGUUUUGAUUUUCAAAUAGAAUAUCUUAAAGGAGAAGAAAACUCUCUCCCAGACUUUCUAACUCGUGAAUUCUUGCAGGGAAAGAAUGAAUCGAGGAAAACCACAGACUAGGCCAACCAGGCCUAUUGCACCAACUCCUGGAGUAAAUCCGUUUACAAUUAGGCCAGAUCCAAAUCAGGUCAGGCCUACAGCACUAAAUCCUGGAGCAAAUCCAUAUCCAAUCAGGCCAAGCUUAAGUCAAAAUAGAUACUCAGCAUUGGCUCAUUUUCCACCACUUAAUCAAACAGCAUUACCACAAUGCAGUUCUUCAAACAUGCUUGUAUUGAAGAAACCUUUCUCUCAGGAUCCAGAAUCCUCUGUAUCUCCUUCGGGAAAACUCAGAUUUUCCCAAAAGCAAACAAGUGAAAGCUAUGCAAUGAAGCAACCAGAAAACUUUGCAGAAGCUGUAUCUCCGGCAACUAAGAAGGUUACAGGAAAAGCUCUUUCCACAGAGAAAGAAAAUUUUGAAGUAUAUCCUUUAUAUACUCUCCCUAUCCUUGCUCUUGACAAGGAAUUAGAAAAUUUUGAAAUUAGAAAUCUACUUAAACCUGUUUAUAAUAAUAGGAAUUGUGUAGAUAGCGAUAAUGCCUUAAAAACCAGAAGGUAUUUUGAAUUCAUUCUUAUCGAUACAGGUUCGAUCGAAAUCGAGCAUGAACUUGCAGAUCAAUCAGACCCGGAUAGCAUUGCCUAUUCGAAAUUUACAAUUAAAAAGAUUUUGUCUCCCUCUAACUGGUUGACUGAUCAUCUCCUUACCCCUAUAAAUCUUUCUAAAAGAUUUAACCCCCAAACAUUUAAUUGGUUCGACUACAGGAAUGCGUGGAUGAACUUCUUAUUUGUUAGACCAAUCACUCAUUCGUGGUUUGUCAAAUAUUGCACAGAAGCCUCGACUUCUGUAAUCCCCAGGUGGUUCUACGAAUGGUGGAGUUACUUUGGAGGAAAUAAACAGGUUAGGCCUAAAAGGUUUGAAGAUGGAUACCUUCAAUUUCAAAUUGAUGAGAACAUCUCUACCCUUCCAAAGCAUAUAAAAUUAUGUAAGUACUUCUUUAAAAGACGUCUAUCUUAUAUUAUAAGUUGGACAUUUUGUACUGCAGAAUUUGACAGGAUAAAAUAUCUCUCUAAAGAGAUAAGGAUCAAAGGAUGGUCUCCUGCAAAGAGAGAAUCUCCAUCAUCUUCUAAAAGGCCACCAGUCAAGGAUUCACCAUCCAAGAGUGAAUUAAAACAACGCCUUGAAAAAGCAUUAUCUGAAUUAGAUAAUGAAAAGGCUAAUCCAGAUCAAGCUGCGAUCGAGCAACUUCUUGAAGAAGCUUCGUCACAAAGUGACGAUAAUGGCGACAUGUUAAAUCCUAAGGCUCUAGCUCAGUCUUAUUUAAAUCCAUUUGAUUAAUCCUAAUUGAGCUUAUUAAAAAGCAGAAUAAUUAGUCUUCAAGACAGAGAUUAAAAAUCGGAAUUGUCUAUGGAGAAGUAAAGGAAUUUCAAAGAAACGGAAUCUUUACUGAUUAAACAUAUGGACCCUAGAGGGACCCGCCACGUUAAGAAAGUUGCUUCUUCUACCAAAAGUCUUUUGGACUAUGCGGAAAAGAAAGACGACACAUGGCCCUACCAUUAUAAAAGAAGAUGCCUUCUUUAUCUCAAGUCUCUUGACUUAUUCGGAAAAGAAAGGCAUAUGGCCCCUACAACCAUCACCAAUAGAAGAAAAGCAAAGAUUCCAUCUUAUCUCUUCUUUUACGCUUUCAAGUCUAUAAAAGGCUUCAUGUAAUCCCAUUAGAGGGCAUCCUACAAUUUUCAUCUCAGAAAAUCACAAGGAAAACCUCUCUCUUGUAGAAAUGUUCGCUCUUAUGCUUGAAUAAAGAAAGUUUAAUUUUCAGAAUGUUUAACUAUCUAUGAAAGGAAGUGUAAAUUGCACUUAGAAAGUAUUAUACUUCUGGAGUUCAAUCAAUUGCUCCAAUGGUUAGCUAGAAAUUUCAACCAGCUGUCAGAGGAAGCAUUUUCUACUACUGACGGUGCCACCAAGAGGACAAACACCCAUUGAGUUAAGAACAGAAGGGACAUCAGCUUGAUCAUGCAUGCAAGGUAUCCAUACUUCGUUAACUCCUACAUGAACAUCAUAGCCCAAACACAAGAAAUACGUGAUGAUCAAGUCAAUUAUAGAAAUGUGAGUUUAAUUAGUCGAUUUAUCAGUGAACAGGGAAAUAUAUUAUCAAGACGAAUGAAUAAAUUGACAUUUGCAAAUUGUCGGGUUUAUACAUAAAAAUAGAGAGAUUCUUAAAUAGACAAGACCAUGGUUCCCAAACAUAAUCACUGACUAUAUGAAUAUCAAAGCAAUGCCCGGUUGCUCAUUUUUCUGCUGACCUUUUCCCUUUUACAAUGAUGCUUCACUACAUAUACAUUAAUUAAUUCAUACAUGCAUAAGGUAUAACAUAUAUCUUUUUUCUCGUGUGUGUGCGUGUGCGUGCAGGGGGUGGGGGCAGUUCUAAUUUGCUUAAAAUUCUGCACUUAGACACACACACUAAUGUGUUGAAGAGAGAGACAGAGAUGGAAAGGAUCAGAUUUUACUGGCUCCAACUUCAGUUGUCUUGAUAAUGAAUCUUAACACAAGAUUUUAACUGCUUUCGUGACCUAAGGCAAAAGUGGUGUAUUUCUCUAUUUAUAAAAUGUUACCUUAUUCAAAAGAAUAUCUGUCACACUUCAUUGCAAACAAUUUUGUGAAUCACAGUAGUCUUGCUGUCUAUAUCUAGCUCAAGAUACAUAAUAACCAUUGACAGUUGGAAAGAA